AUGGCGUUCCAAACCUCGAUCGCGUUUAAAGACCUGGAACGCGCGAAAAACGACCAGAGUUCCAUGCGAGUGAGUGUGCACCAACUGAGCGUCGAGGCAUCCGUUUUUAAUGACGCAGGCGGUACGAAUGGUGACGACGGCGACGACGGCGGAAACGACGAAAAGAAUCAGAUGUCGUUCGCGAACGUGUAUAAAAAAGAAAGCGAAUUAGUCGUGGCAGGUUUCUGGUUCCCGACCAAAGGCGAGAAAGUGACGUGCGACGUGUUGGACGUUUUUUUGCUCUUGUGUCCGAACGGUGCGAGCGUGGCGAUGAGGAACGUCGUCGCAGAGGGCGAGGACGAGGUGAACGGGAAAGCGUUGAAGCGGUUACACGAGGAGAUGUUGAGUAAGAACAAAUCCGCGGUGGUUAUGUUGCCGAACGAACGCGAGUUGCACAUCGUCGCGGUGAGGAAAGACGGGAUGAUGAAGGAGGAAAAGGAGAAGAAAUCGAACGUUGCUGGAGCUCCUAAUGCAACAACAGGGGAGAAGAAAAUAAGCGUAGGAUUUUAUGAAGACGACGAGGACGAGGAUAACGAGAAGAAGAAGAAAAAGAAAGAAGAAGAGGACGCGUCGUCGACGUUAAAGUCGGAGUCGGAGUCGUACUUUUUAGGCUUUGAAAUUCCGAGUAAAUCCGUCUUCGAGGCGAAUCUUUUGUUGGAAAACUCGCAGUUUGUGGUUAUUUUAGAUUUAGACGAGACGUUGCUCCAAGCGGCAUCGGAAGGUACUUUAGAGCGGGCGAUAGAAAACGAGCGGAGGAAAAUGAUUGAGCUGGACGGGAAGAUUGAAACUUUGAGCAAAGGCGGCGGCGGCAUAAACAACAACAUUGACGAAAAUAAUAGAGAUGAGCUGUCUAAAUAUCGAAGGGAACGGCAAGAGACCGAACAGCGAAGACGGUUUCUCAUGGAGGACCAUCGGAUGUUGAAGGAGUUUCGAGAAGGAAACGCGGUUCGUCAAGGCGCACUUUUAAACGCGAAGAAUGAGAAGGCUUUAGUUGUAGACAAACUUAACCCGAACGAGCUUAAAAUGAUUGAACGACCGGUUGUUCGUUUAGCUUCGAAAUACCGGGGCGGUUUGAACGGUUUCACCAUGUUUACUCGAAUCGACCCAAACGAUCCAAACAGUUCAAUUUUAGUUCACGUGCGGCCGGGAUGGUUUGGUCCACACGGUUUAAAAGAAGCGCUAUCGGGGAUUAAUCGCGCGAGUAAGAAAAGGUUAGCGGAGGUAUACGUGUGCACGACGGCGGAGAAGGAGUACGCGAUGGAAAUGUGGAGGAUUUUAGACGGUGAUUUUUCGCUCAUCGACGAACGAGACGUGAGAAGACGCGUGGUAUCUUUGUAUGGGUUAGGAGGAGGUGCGCGGAAAUCGUUCAAGAUGGCAUGGGAAGGGAACGCGAAAAAGUGGCCGCACGCGCUUUCUUUGAUCAUCGACGACCGAUCGAACGUUUGGGCGGAAACCGAACAGCCGCACGUGAUUACCGUGCACCCAUUUCUACCGAACGGGUACAUCGAACCCGAAUCAAACUCGAUAGAAAAGGACGCAGACGCGGCCAAUAGCAACGGGAAUAAUAGUAAUAGUCAUAACGUGAAUCCAGCUGCUGUUUUGAGGAGAGAACGAGAAACCUUUCUCGAGCGCGAGCUUCCCGGGAAAGGAGGCGUCCUCGGAUCCGCUUUGGGAAUGCUCAACGCCGCGAGAACGAGAUGGUUUUACGAGUUUCAAAAGUAUAGAAAAGAUAAGCGCAUGCGAAUGUUCGAAGAGUCGUUCGAGAGUAACGAUACUGACGACGGUAAAGUAGAAGCAGAAAAAGAAGACGCGCAAAACGUUUCAGCACCACCCGCAGAGAACGGUGCACCGGGUGGAGACGGCGGCUCUCCGGCGCAAAAGAUGAGUAAAAACGCAUCUCUCGAACUGCCAUCUUUGAAUAAAAUUCUUCCAGAAAUCAUGGCGAAAGAAGCUCAAGAGCUCGCGUCGGCGUUAAAAGCGCGCGCGGGCGUGUCGAGAACCGCCACUGGCGCCGGUUCCGCGCUCGAUUCUAUCCUAGCGCCUCUUCAUCGCUCUAUAGUUGAAAACGAAAAGAUGAAAAAAGAGAAGCGAGAGAAGGAAGAACGCGAGAAACGAGAGCAGAUGCAGAAAGAAAAAGAAGAGCGAGAGAAGAGAGAACGAGAGGAGCAUGAAGCGGCCGAGGCGAAAGAAAGAGCGGAACGUGAGGCGGAAGAAGCGCGGUGGGAGGAGGAACGCGUGAGGAGGAAGAAAGAACGCGAGGAGAAGGACGAAGCCGAGGAGCAAAAGCGGAAAGAGAAGAAGAGAAUCUCUGGCGGCGGUGGUAGUGGGAAGAAACUCGACAAAGACGAAACUCUCGACGAGGCUGGACAGAUUCUCGAGGACGCAAAAAAGAAAGAGCGCGCCGCGGAAGUGGCUUUGAAAAAAGCCAAGAAAGAGCAACAACGAAUGUUGAAAGAACUGGAGGUAGAGAAGAGCCGCAAGGCGGCGGCGGAGAAAAGAAAAGCAACGAGAGAAGCGAAAAAUGGAAGCGCGUCAAAGAAGAAGAAGAAGAAGGAUGGCGAGGAAGAAACUGGUCUCGUUCUGGACGACGAGAUGGACCCGGAGGCAUGGAACGCGACGCUCGAUGAAAUUCCGUGCAAAGUGUGCAAGAGUAAAGACGACGAUGAAAAAAUGCUCCUUUGCGACGGUUGCGAUUGCGGGUUCCACAUUUUUUGCUUGAAACCGCCGAUGAAGAAAAUCCCAGAAGGCGACGACGAUUGGUUUUGCAAACCGUGUAAAGCUGGCGUGGAGAGAAUGACGAAAUCGGUGGAAGCGAAAGUCGCCUUACGAGUGGCAAUGCAAGAGUUACCAGAAUCGUAUCAGGAGGAAGCUAUCAAAAUUUGCAAAGUCGCGAACGGUUUAGAUGAGGAUGCGGACGAAGAGAUUGUCAUCGAUGUCGCAGAGUUAGAACCAAAAACGUUGUGGCGACUGAAUUUGGUGUGUGAUCGCGCGAAAGAUGAGCAGACUUGA